UCUGGCAUUACUAACAUUUAACUGGCAAUUUCUCACAGCUGCAUACAGUAUCUGCAGGAUACAGGGAUGAGAAGCUGUAAGCCUUGGAGAAGUUUAUUGAUAUCAGUCAGUCUUGAAGUUAAUGAUGCACCUACCGGUAUAUGGCUGCAUCAUGGCUUGACCGACAGCAUUCCCCCUGAUCCCCCAUGGGACUAAAAAUUGAAUUCCAAUGCAACAAGAGAGAAACAUUGUAUUUACCCUAAAAUUGUGGGGUUUAUUCAACAGAAGACAUUUAUAAAGCCAAAAUGCUGUGAAGACCAUUAUGAUGCGAUGGACACCAGCACCAACAUUUUCUAAAAAAAGAAAGGAUGUUCUCUUAAGAGCCACCCCUCUGGUUUUAGUUGACUCUCAAUCAGCUGGUGACUGUAUAAUGAAGUCAACUUGUGCCCUCUACUGAAUGUUGACAUGCUGGUGGAUAAUGAUAUGAAUUGAAACAAAUCUAAUAAAUGGGAGACAAUUAAUUGGAUUAUGUUUCUGACUUUAUAGGAGUUGCCGAGUUGUGUUAAAAUUUGUCUGCGUAAAAAAGGAGAAUACUUCAAUUUACGCAGUAGCCCCUUGAGUGGGACUCAACCUGCAACCCCUAAGAUGCUGUGAAUCCAAUAAAGGAUGUUUAUGAAUAAAUUAUAAAUUUGACUGGUCAAGGAUGAAUUUUUAUUAUGGGACAAGUUUUCUUUGGAAUGUGUGAUGGUUGUGAUGAUAUCCUCAUCUCACACAAGGGGUUUAUGUUGGGAUGCGGCCAUGAUGCUUUGUUUUUCUUGUUGGACAACAAGGUUGAGACUUAUACCCAAGAUGUGAGAUUAUACGGUGGUAACCACAGAGGAACAUUAAAUUCUGACAAUGGCUCGAUACAGGUCCAGAACACGGCCGUUUUAUGUCCUUACCCCACCUGAGCCCAAAACCCAGGACAGGAAGAAUUCGGGCAUCCAGUUGGAUGAGCCGAGCUAUCCUGUUGCCAAGCAACCCGAGGAGGAGGUUGUCUCUAAGCGGCAUGGCGUGACCAUCACAAAAAUUCCAAAACCAAACUCGUCCGAAAUUUCUAGUAUGGUUAACUCCCCGAGACAACGAAACAUGUCCUCAGACAUUAAAAGUGUGAGAACUUUACCGGAGAAUUUGUUAACCAGAAAUAAUGUGAAUUCCAUUACGGAUAAAACUGAGUCUUUAAAACUAUGCAAAAAGCAAUCGAAUGACGAACUGCCAAAAAGAGUGAACACAUCCGAAAAUGUUGACAAGUCUGUUCCCGAUGUCAAGGUCAUGGUCAGUGCAGAUGAGGAUGAUUGCUUAGAAAUCAGGGACAGUUGCUCUAGCCCAAGCAAGGGUGACAACUCUUACAAGGACACAUUGAAAGUUGAGAGUGGUGAAGAUUCCUCGGAGGACAGUUCCGAAAGCGAAAAUGCCGAAAGUGAAGACGCGGAAAGUGAGAAUGCCGAAAAUUCCAUGAUAGUGGGUGGAUGUAGUGAAACUAGUGACCAGACAUCACCGGGAUCUAAAUCAGUGCAAAAACCUCAUAAGAUUCACAGAGAACAUAAAAAGCGUAAAUUUCGUGACCUGUUACCAGCAUUAAAGCGUAGUCAGAGCGUAGGGUGUGAGAGUGAUAUGGCCCCUGAUCACGCGUUAUUCCUCCAGUCUUGUCCUGGCCUGCAGCAAAACAAAACAGACACAGACAACGCUGACCCUGCGCGGCGUAUGAUACACAAAACGUGCAGUGCAGAUGCAGCAAUGAUGGCGGGAGAGGUUCUUCCUCUCGACCCUCAGGACCUUGUGAGAUCCAAACAGAAGUCAUCCAUAGCCAGAAACAUGAAGAAGAAACUGCAGGCGUUGAAGCGACGGAACACAGACUCGCUGCUAGGGGCAGCCAUUAUGACAGUGCGUGGAACUAGCAAGGUUACGCAGUCUGAUGCUGUGGAGUGGGGAAACUCGUUUGAAUCUCUGCUGUCAGAUAAAAAUGGAAUAGAAAUGUUCCGGAGCUUUCUGAAGUCAGAGUUCAGCGAGGAAAACAUUGAAUUCUGGAGCGCAUGUGAGGAGUUUAAAAACAUACGGACAAACAAGCUCGCUGCACGUGCACAAAAAAUAUACAGCGACUUCAUCGCAAUCAAAGCACCCAAACAGGUGAACUUGGACUCAAAGACGCGGCUUGGCGCUGUGACGAGUCUGGAAAGCCCAACACGAGACAUGUUCAAGCAGGCCCAGAAACGUAUACAGUACCUGAUGGAGAAUGAUUCCUACAAAAGAUUUCUUGAAUCUGAUCCCUAUAGACAGUUGCUAGGAAACCAGCCGCUCCCUACAGGCAGAUGAUGGACACAACAAUGUUGAGGGCUUGGCAAAAACUUCUGUAACUCAUGAAAAUAGAAGGCGCUAUAUUUGUCUUGUAAUAAGCCCUUGGAAUGAGCUAGUUUUCAUUAGGUUAAGAUUUUUUCAUCUCAGAACAAUCUUCAAUGUCUCAGAGUUUAGGACGUUAUGGGCAAAAAUGAGUCUUUGUAGGAUUUCAUAUGAAGAUUUUUCCGUUUGAUUUAGUUUGAUCUUUAGGUCAUCUGUUUCUCAAAGAAAUCUAGUCAAUACUUUUUUAUGGCCUUGGUGUCAGUUUGAAAGCAUAUUCGUUGUGCAAAAUCUUAAACUUAAAUCAUUCAAGAUAUUCACAUGAAACUUGGCACAUACAUGUUUAUCAAGACCCAUAGUUGGGUAAUGCCUCUUUUUAUUGAAAUAAACAACAACAGAUAAGCAUUAAAAUCCGCGUGCAGUGUUCUGGGUUUUUUGUUUCUUUUAGUGUUAUUGUUCUCAAAAUAAUUUUGAAAAUCAUAUAAUUUUGACAUCAUCGGCAUAAAUUAGUCCUUUGGUGGAUGCCAAGUAUCAAGAGUAAUUAUUUUUAUAAAAAAAUUAUCAAUGUGACUGGAUUGAUUUUCAAACAUGUAUCAUGAUGUACAUAAUUGAUUUUGCAAUUCCUUUUAAAUGUAUUUUAAAAUAAAUAUAGUUUGCUGUCUGAAAGGCACAAUACUUGGUAAAGAAUAUGAAGAAAAUGUCACUUUUUUUUCUCCAUAAGACCCACUCUUGCAGCCAGAAUGUCACAUUUUCCUCCAUAAGACCCACACUUGCAGCCAGAAUGUCAGAUUUACCUCCAUAAGACCCACACUUGCAGGCAUAAUGUCACUUUUUCUACCAAUAACCCAGGCUUGCAGGCAGAAUGUCACUUUUGACCGUAAAACCCACACUUGCAGCGAGAAUGUCACAUUUUCCUCCAUACACCCACUCUUGCAGCCAGAAUGUCACUUUUUCUACCAAUAACCCAUGCUUGCAGGCAGAAUGUCACUUUUUCUACCAAUAACCCAGGCUUGCAGGCAGAAUGUCACUUUUGACCAUAAAACCCACACUUGCAGCCAGAAUGUCACAUUUUCCUCCAUAAGACCCACCCUUGCAGGCAGAAUGUCACUUUUUCUACCAAUAACCAACGCUUGCAGCCAGAAUGUCACUUUUGACCAUAAAACCCAUACUUGCAGCAAUGAAUGUCACAUUUUCCUCCAUAAACCCACUCUUGCAGCCAGAAUGUCACUUUUUCCUCCAUAAACCCACUCUUACAGCCAGAAUGUCAGUUUUUCCUCCAGAAACCCACUCUUACAGCCAGAAUGACACUUUUCCUCCAUAUGACACACUCUUGCAGCCUGAAUGUUAAUAUUAUUCAAUAGGACCCUUUCUUCCAGCAUAAAUAUGACCUUUCCCUCCAUAGACCAACUCUUGUGGCCUAAAUGUUACUUUUUCCUCUCUUACAGCCAGAAUGACACUUUUUCCUCCAUAUGACACACUCUUGCAGCCUGAAUGUCACAUUUUCCUCCAUAAGAUCCACUCUUGCAGCCUAAAUGUCAGGUUUUCCUCCAUAAGACCCACUCUUGCAGCCUGAAUAUUACGUUUUCCUCCUUCCUCCAUAAGACCCAUUCUUACAGCCUGAAUGUCACAUUUUCUUCAUAAGACUCACUCUUUCUGCCUGAAUGUCACAUUGUCCUCCAUACGGCAAACUCUUUCAGCCUGAAUGUCACAUUUUCCUUUGUAAGACUCACUCUUUCAGCCUGAAUGUCACAUAUUUCUUUAUAAGACUCACUCUUUCAGCCUGAAUGUCACAUAUUUCUUUAUAAGACUCACUCUUUCAGCCUGAAUGUCACAUAUUUCUUUAUAAGACUCACUCUUUCAUCCUGAAUGUCACAUUUUCCUUUGUAAGACUCACUCUUUCAGCCUGAAUGUCACAUAUUUCUUUAUAAGACUCACUCUUUCAGCCUGAAUGUCACAUUGUCCUCCAUACGGCAAACUCUUUCAGCCUGAAUGUCACAUUUUCCUUUGUAAGACUCACUCUUUCAGCCUGAAUGUCACAUUUUCCUUUAUAAGACUCACUCUUUCAGCCUGAAUGUCACAUAUUUCUUUAUAAGUCUCACUCUUUCAGCCUGAAUGUCACAUUUUCCUUUGUAAGACUCACUCUUUCAGCCUGAAUGUCACAUAUUUCUUUAUAAGACUCACUCUUUCAGCCUGAAUGACAUUUAUUAUUUUGAUUGUCUUAUCAUAUAUUUUUUCAUUUUAAUUACUUCUGUAAUCAUCAUCAUACUGUCAGUGUUUGAUUUAACCUCUGUGUAACAUAUUCACUUGUUAGGAAACUGUAAAAACACUUUAAAAAUGUAUAUUUUGUCAUCAUUUAUAUUUUAGUUUAAGAUGAUAGCAAUGUUGUGAUUUCAAGUAUGUCUGACAGUUCUAUGCCCUGAGUUAAUAAUAAAAAGGAGGGGAUAGGAGGUUACAUUUUCAGGUUUCUUGCAUAUUAUUGACAGUCAUUUGAAAAUGAAUUUAUUUUCACUACAGUUAACAAAAAUAGCCCUUAAAUUUUGUUAACCAGGUUUUCUGAAGGGAAACCUCAUUUAUUAGAAUGAGGUACAUCAACAAUUCUUGUUUGGGCUGCACGUUUGACAUGCUUUGAGGGGUUUCAAAAUGACUUGGCAAAAAUGUUCUCCAUGACAAGACAGAAUCAGAUCUGAAUGUCAAAGGUCAAAGUCACAUUUAAAGGUCAUUGUAUUUGCCUUGCAUUCUGGCUUGUCCAGGGGCCAUAUUCAAUAAAGAACUUAGAUCAAUCUUAAAUUUAAGAGUGAAAUCUAAGCUUUUUGAUUGGACUGUAAAAUAAAUUGACCAAUCAACUGAAUAGAAUCACUGAGGCAUGUCUAAGAAUAAGGAUAAGAACUAUAUUGAAUACCACCCCUGGUUGAAGGUAACACUUAAAAAAAUCCUUGGUCAAAAAUCCUUGUUUUUUUUCUGUAAGUUUUCAUGCAAAGAGUGACUUCAAAAUAACUUGGCACAAAUAUUUUCAAUGACAAGAGUUGAAGACAUUGUGUCACCUCAAGACUCAGGUUUGCACAUCAAGGGUCAAUGCAACACUUAAGGUCAUUGGUUAAAAUGCCUUGUAUUCCUGUUUGUCCAGGCUGUUUCUUUGUCAUACAUUGGAGGAUUUUAAAAUAUCAAGGCACAAAUGUUCACCGUGACUAGAGUCAGUGUCCUGAGCAUUUAAUUUAUAUAAUUUGAAACAAAUAUUCACCAUGACUAGACAAUGUUUGGCCUGCAAGAGCCAUUUAUAUGUAAGUCAAAGGUCAAGGUCACCCUUUAGUAUCAUUGGUCAAUAGUUCUUGUAUUCAGGCUUGUCUGAGCUGUAACUUGGCCAUACAUUGAGGAUUUUAAAGAACUUAACAAAACAGAAUAGUAAUGGCUAAACAUACCUUGUAUUUUUUCUUCUCAAGACUGUUACUUGGGCAUGCAUUUUGGGAAUUCAAAAACUUGGUACACAUUUUCAUCAUGACAAGACUGUUUGCCAUCAGCAACAUUUAUGUCUGUACAUUAAAGGUCAAGGUCAAUCCUUUUUUCUUAUUUUUUGUCCACGGUCAAGUUACAAUUAACACAAAUCUGUUGCAAAUUAGCAUAAUUAUGGCACAAAAAUAUUUUUAUUAUGGCACCAAAAUAUUUUUAUAUGGUGACUAAGAUUGACUUAAAAUUGAAAUAAGCCUGUGGAUAUAGCGGAUUUGAUAUUUGGAUAUUGUGUUGAAAAUUUAAAAACAGCAGCAUUAGAAUUCAAAAUUCAGUUUAAUAGACAUUUAUGUAACCAAAUGUUAGGAGUCCAUCUAUAUAUAUAUAUAUAUAUCAGAUCAUGAUGAUAGGAAUCCCUUUAAAAGGCUGACAUUAUUUUCCUAAGUUUAUAAUAGUGUUUACCAUUUUACUGCCUUUAAAAUUAUACUACCUUUUUGUACAUGAAUGUUAAACGAAACCAAAAUUAUGAUGAUUUUGAUUUAAUAUAAGUGUGAUCAAAAAGAAUUAUAAUUAUUACAUGUUAAGUUUUAGUAUUUUGUGAAGCUCACUUCGCAUUAUAUGAAUUUUUCAGUUUAGAUUGAUUUUCAGUAUUUUGGAGUUUUGCAUAAUAGUGUGAUAUAUGUCAACUGAAAAAAUGAUGCCACCAUUAUAUGUAUUCCCAUUUUUGUAAUCUUUUUAAGUUAUUUGACCUCAACAUAUAUGUCAAUUGUUGAUGGUUUGUGACUCCAUAAUGAAAGAAAAUGUAAAACAUUUACCCCCAAAAUUUAAAAAGUACAUGUUUGGACUUCAAAGAUAGCAAACAAUGUCAUUUAUGUCCGAUUUUAGAUGGAAUAUAGAGCAAAUAUACAAAUGGUAAUAAAGAGAGAGCAGAUUGCCUUACCAAACUCAAAAAUUAAAUUAGAUAAAUGGUUACAGUAAUGGAGCUACGAGAACUAGCGAAUGUUUGGGUCAGAUUCCUUAAAUGUCUUGUGUUAUCAUUGUUUUUAUGUAUUACACUUACUUCUGCAAUACAUUUAUUAUAACUGUGCAAUAAUUUUGUUAAUAAAUGUUAAACAUA